CGUGAACAGUGGUGGGCGACAAAAGCCAAAGAGAUGGAGAAAGCUUUGAGGAUAGGCAACACCAGGCAACUCUUUGGACUCAUCAGGGAAACGGGUGGGAGAAGACAAAUCAUUAGUGAGACAAUCUCGGAAAAAAAUGGCACUAUAAUUAGCUCCCAGGAUAGACGACUGGAUCGUUGGAAAGAGCAUUAUGAGGAGCAGUUUAAUUUGCCCACAGCCACGCUCAACCUUCCGAGCAUCCAACACCUCCCUGAAUGGGAUAUAGAUACAGGUCCUCCGUCACUAACUGAGGUUACUAAAGCUGUCACCAAUCUGAAACUAGGCAAAGCAGCGGGACCUGAUGGAAUGACGCCAGAGGUAUUUAAGUACGGUGGAGACAGCUUACUGUCCGGAUUAACUGAGGUACUAGGCAGCGUCUGGGAAUCAGAAGAAGUCCCAUCGGGUUGGUGUAAGUCACUGAUUAUCCCCAUAUACAAGAAGGGAGACAAGUCUUCCUGUGAUAAUCACAGAGGGAUUAGCUUGACUAAUAUAGUAUCUAAAGUCUUAGGCUCAAUAAUCAUGCGUAGACUGAGUGGUGCUCGGGAAGCACAAACACGAGAGAGCCAGGCAGGCUUUAGACCAGGAAGAGGGUGUAUUGAUCAUAUCUUCACCCUCCGACAGAUUCUAGAACAUAGGCAUUCCUACCGGCGUCCAACAGUCAUUAUAUUUCUUGACCUAAAGGCAGCAUUCGACUCUGUCGAUCGGGAAGUUCUCUGGAGAUGCUUGGCUGUAAAGGGAAUUCCAAGAAAAUAUAUUGCACUGAUUAAGGCACUCUACUCGUACUCAUACAGCCAGGUGAGGGCUUACGGCGAGCUGUCAUCUGAACUGAUGACGACCAGUGGUGUCCGUCAAGGAUGCCCAUUAUCUCCUUUUCUAUUCAACUUCAUCAUAGAUGUGUUAAUGGACUUAACCCUAGGUGACUUCAGCGAUUCAGGGAUUGACUUGCUACCUGGGAAUAAUCUCGUUGACUUGGAAUAUGCAGACGAUAUAGUCCUUCUAGGCGAAGACGCUGACAAAAUGCAGAGUCUUCUAAACACCUUGAACAGCAAUCUACGAAUGUUUGGCAUGCGAUUCGCUCCCGCCAAAUGCAAGAUGAUGUUACAGGACUGGACUACAUCGACGCCUAGUUUAAAAAUAGGAAGUGAAGUGGUAGAGCACGUUGACCGCUUCACUUAUUUGGGAAGUACCAUCAGCCCCAACGGGCUGAUCUCUGACGAAAUCUCAGCACGAAUACAAGGGGCUCGUUUCGCAUUUGUUAGUUUACGCCGACUCUGGCGUAGACGAGAUGUUCGACUAUCGACCAAAGGGCGGGUGUACUGCUCAUCAGUCCGCUCCGUCCUCCUUUAUGGUUGUGAGACCUGGCCACUGAGAGUGGAAGACAUGAAAAGACUAGCUACCUUUGAUCAUAGGUGCCUGCGUUCUAUUUCCCGUGUAAAGUGGCAUAAUAAGGUGAGCAACAUGGAGGUUAGGCGUAGAGUUCUAGGUAAACAGGGGAAAUCAAUCGACGAAGUCGUGAAGCUACAUCGACUGAGAUGGUUAGGACAUGUGUUACGUAUGCCAAGUCAUCGCCUCCCUCGACGAGCUAUGUUAGCGGAUAUAGGGUCAGGCUGGAAAAAAGCUAGCGGCGGUCAAACAAAAACUUGGCACCAGUCAAUGAAAUCCACAACAGUUGGUCUAAGCCACGUAGGAAGGUGUAGACUUCCAGGCUGGGGUCCUCGGGACGGUAAAAAUCUAUGGUUGGAAACAAUUGGUGACAUGGCUCAAAAUCGUUCUCAGUGGCGCAGAUGCAUCCACUCCCUGUGACUUAUGAUCUUCAAUGAAACUGUUUUGUAUUUAUUUAUUACUCCUUUGUCUCACACCUCUGCUCACUGUUUCUAUUAUGCUUUUCUUGUACUUUCUUCUCUUGCUUCGCGUGCUACACGGAAUGUGGCGACUUGAACUUCCGCACAUUUGUGCAAAGUUCUAUGUCGAAAACAGACAGACAGACAGACAGAAUCUUAACCGUCUCCCACCAUGCUAUUCUGUGAUUGUGUGUGUGUUAAUGCAUGUAGUGCAGUGCAAUUGCUGAGCUUUUUUCUAAAUUACUCAUCUUCUCUGGGUCAACCAUUCUUACCUUAGACAAAUUCUUAUGUCCCGCCAAUCUGAUUACCUCUGAUCUACUAGUUCGACCUAUGUAGUUGACCUAACUCAUCGUCAUUUCAGGGUAUUUUGUAAAUUAUAUUAUUUUGUUUAAUUGGGUCCACUGAGUCUUUUAGCCUACAAAGCUUGUCCCUGAGUGAGUUUGUAGGUUGAAGCUGUUGAAGCCAUAGGUACCACUUGGAACCCAACGGAAUAAUAAUAAUAUUAGUAAUAGUUGUUGGUUUAUAUUUGUGUAUAUUUGUGUGUACACCUGAUGGUAACAACUGUGUUGAUUUGACUUACCGUCUGCUUGUUUUUGCUUGUUUUUUUCUAACUGCUUAAAAUUCUUACUUAAUUCUGUAUUUUAUUUUGUUUCCAUAUACAUCCUGAGUACAACUCUUCCAUCAGACUCUUCAUGUUAUUAUGAAAUUCUUCUUUAACAAUCGUUUGUGACAAGUCAUCAUUUUCCUUUACUACCUUCUUUUAUCAACGUGUUUAGUAUUACGCAACACCACGAAAAGCUUGCUAAUUGUAUUUUCGUUUGACCAAUUUAAUGUACACACACACACAUGCAAAAUAACCACAUAUAUAUUUGUGAAAGUACACAUCUGUGAAAAUGAAUUCGCCAAAAAGAGACUCUUCACUGAACUACUGGUCUUCUCUCUCUAUUACCCUUUUGAAUGAGGAUUUUUCAUAACUUGGAAGGUAGCAAUUAAUUUUAUCGGUGUUGUUGACUGUUGUUUCUUUUUAUGUUGUGCUAUUCGGUAGAUAUAUGGCGAGUGAAAGGUAUCCCUUAUAGGCGGUUUAAUUGUGUUCUAGCGGUAGAGUGCUCGCCGACCACGCAGGUGUUCCGGGGUUCAAUCCCCGGUCACCAACGCACUCCUUCACCUCACUAAGCCAAUAUUAAGACUAGUAAAGAGGGAAGGUUAGGCAUGAGACUAGCAACCUCAUCCUGUAAAAAUAAUCACCACUGCAACAGAAAAAUCAAGCCCUUAACUUGAAGCCCUAUGUUCCAAUGGGAAUCUAGAGG